AUGCAGCAAAAAUCCCUGCUACCACACUCCAUCCUUUUUUCAGAAUGCAAUGAAUCAUGGAGAAUGUUAAGAACCCUUUGCCGGGCCGAAAUGUUUUCAUCUAAUGCCCUUGAAGCCCACACUAGAUUACGCGAGGAAAAGAUUGAUCAGUUGUUGGAGUUCUUGCAUAAAAAAGAUGGGCAAGAGUUAUUUGUGGCUGGAACAAACACUACAACUUCAUUGGUAUGGGCUAUGGCCGAGAUAGUAAAAAACCAAGACGUCAUGAAAACAAUUGAAGAAGAGAUGAAAAGAGAGAUCGGUUCGAAUAAAAUCAAGGUAUCUCAACUAUCUAAGUUACCUUAUCUACAAGCUUGUGUCAAAGAAUCUCUAAGAUUGCACCCACCUGUCCCUUUUCUACUUCCACGCCUCGCGGUUGAAAUUUGUGAGGUGACGAAUUACACCAUCCCUAAAAACGCUCAAAUAUUUGUUAACGUUUGGGCAAUCGGUCGAGAUCCUAAUGUUUGGGAUGACCCAUUAUUGUUCAAACCCGAAAGAUUUCUUGGCUCAGAUUUGGAUUUUAAAGGUCAAGAUUUUGAGUUAUUACCAUUCGGUUCCGGAAGGAGGAUCUGUCCUAGUUUACCGUUAGGUAGCAAGAGUAUGGAAUUUAUUAUAGCAUCUUUAGUUCAUGAGUUUGAUUGGGUUCUUCCAGACAAUGAGGAUCCAUCACAGCUUGAUAUGGAGGAAAGAUUCCAGAUCACCUUGGGAAGGGAGAAACCUUUAAAACUAAUCUUUAAACAAAAACAGGGAUCAGCAGAAGUGUAAGUUCAA